AUGUCAGAUGAUAAAGGGUUAUUAGAAUGCCUUUCAAUCUAUUCAUUUCUCUUUCUGAAUAAAAAAGGGUCUAAUGAUAUUUCUGAAGUAUAUGGUUUAUUCAAGAUUUAUGAAUGCAUUAAUAGUCAAAAGUCUUUAAGAGUUGUGAUUGAUAUAGAUACUUUGCAGAAAGUUAUGGAAACAGCUGGUGUUAAAACACAAGAACCUCAGAAAGUUAAGGCAUUCCGCUUAGCCUCUAAUAAAGAAAUAGUAUUAACUGAACUUUGGAACUGGGCCAAGCAUACGUCUUCAUUACCUUUUGAGAAUAAAACAAAAUUACGGAUCAAGAAAUACCAUAGCAAGUCUGAUUCAGUAGAAAAGGCUCAUGACUUCAGCAAUGUAGAAGAAUCAUAA